CGGGGGGCGGCACUACACCUCCCAGGGGCCUCCCCUGCCCUCUCCGCAGCAGGCUCCGUGCUGCCGGCGGUGGCACGGCCGGGCAGGGCGGGCAGACGGCGCGCGAAGCGAUGGCGGAUCCGAGCUCGUUCGCGUCUCCCGCGUGCUGCCUCACGCGGCACCUCCACCUGCGCUGCCGCGCGGACUUCGGCGCGCGGGUGCUGCGGGGCACGGCCGCGCUCACGGCGCGCGCGGAGCGCGAGGCGCUGCGCUGCCUGGUCCUGGAUACAAGAGACGUACAGGUCUUUAAAGUGACUGUAAAUGGACAGGAUGCACGAUUUGCUUUUGGAGAAAAGCACAGUUUCAAGGGCACCCCCCUAGAAAUCACAUUUCCAAAUGAACUAAGAAGGGGACAAGAAGCAAUUGUUGAAAUCUCUUUUGAAAGCUCUCCCCAAUCUUCAGCUCUCCAGUGGUUUACUCCAGAGCAAACUUCUGGAAAGAAACACCCAUUUCUCUUCAGCCAGUGCCAGGCUACCCACUGCAGAGCCAUUUUUCCAUGCCAAGACACACCUGCUGUGAAACUAACCUACUAUGCAGAGAUAUCCGUCCCAAAGGAGCUGGUGGCUCUGAUGAGCGCGAAUCGCGACGGAGAGGCGCCCGACCCCGAGGACAGCGCUCGCAAGAUUUACCGCUUCAGCCAGAACGUUCCCAUACCUUGCUACUUGUUUGCUUUAGUGGUUGGAGCUUUAGAAAGUAGAAAGAUUGGCCCAAGGACACUGGUGUGGGCUGAAAAGGAACUAGUAGAUAAAUCAGCCUAUGAAUUUUCUGAGGCUGAAGCUAUGCUGAAAACAGCAGAAGAUUUGGCAGGUCCUUAUGUGUGGGGACAGUAUGAUUUGUUAGUCUUACCACCUUCUUUUCCUUAUGGUGGUAUGGAGAAUCCUUGCCUUACUUUUGUAACUCCAACACUACUGGCAGGUGACCAAUCUCUAUCAAACGUUAUUGCACAUGAAAUCUCUCAUAGCUGGACAGGAAACUUGGUAACCAACAAAACAUGGGAGCAUUUUUGGCUGAAUGAGGGUCACACUGUGUACCUGGAACGCAGGAUUGGUGGUCGGCUCUUUGGUGAGCAGUUCAGGCACUUUCAGGCCCUAGGAGGUUGGCGAGAGCUGCAGAAUACGAUAAAUACUCUUGGAGAUAAAAAUCCUGUAACUAACCUUGUCAUUAAUCUGGAUGAAGUAGAUCCUGAUGUUGCCUAUUCAUCUGUGCCAUAUGAGAAAGGCUUUGCUUUGCUUUUUUACCUUGAACAGCUCCUUGGAGGACCAGAUGUCUUCAUUGGCUUCUUGAAGGCUUAUGUUGUGCAGUUUGCUUAUAAGAGCAUCGUAACAGAGGACUGGAAGAAGUUCUUGUACUCCUACUUCAAGGAUAAGGUAGAUAUUCUUGAUAAAGUUGACUGGAGCUCAUGGUUUCAUGCUCCAGGAAUGCCACCAGUGAAGCCUAAGUAUGAUAUGACACUAUCAAAUGCUUGUGUUGCCUUGAGCCAAAGAUGGAUCCAAGCAAAAGAAAGUGAUUUGGGCUCAUUCAGCUCAGCAGAUCUGAAGGAAAUGUCAUCUCAUCAGUUAAUUGAGUUCCUGGCACUGUUGCUUCUGGAGGCACCUCUUCCAUUGUCACAUGUCCAACGUAUGCAGGAAGUGUAUGACUUCAAUGCUAUAAAUAACUCUGAAAUAAGAUUCAGAUGGCUGCGCCUCUGUAUCAGGUCCAAGUGGGAAGAAGCUAUUCCUCUGGCUUUAAAAAUGGCAACAGACCAGGGCAGGAUGAAGUUUACUCGACCAUUGUUCAGGGACCUUUACAGUUUUGACAAGAGUCGAGAUCUGGCUGUCAAGACGUUUCUGGAGCAUAGAGCCUCUAUGCACCCCACCACUUCAAUGCUUGUGGGCAAAGACUUGAAGCAGGACCAGUGACAAAUGUACUGAUUUCUUUGAGAUUUUUGUGCUGGUGAAAGAAGAGACUGAUUGCCCAAACCGUUGAUAUGCGUGCUUGAUUAUGCCAUAAAAUGCUCUGCUGCUUUGGUACUUAUGUAGUUUAAAAUCAAUUUUCUAAAUUAAUUAAUUUUCCAAAUCAAGUUCAGUACUUUCUAUUUUGCAUUUGCAACUAAAGCAGCAAAAUUGCUACAUCUCUGGAAUUGAGAGAAUUUUUUCAUUACAAGCAAUUUUUAGAAUACACAAAAACUGUUCUGAGAUGUGGUCAUUUGUCAGUGAUAAAAUUGAAGAGCUUGGAAAGUUAAUUGGUCGAUGGUAUGGCUCUUUGUGCACAGCAGUCUCUUCCAUAGCACAGUGGUUGAAACUUCAAGUACCUAAAGACUAAAAAAUAAAUCUUUUCAUUCCCUA